AUGUCGGGGACUGGAUCCCGAGGAUCUGGAAUGUCAGGGACUGGAUCGUCAGGACCUGGAAUGUCGGGCACAGGAAUGUUAUCGCCUGGGUUAUUGUCGGGGCCUGAAACUUCGAGAUCUGGAAUAUCGAGGCCUGGAUCGUUGAGAUCUAGAAUGUCGUUGCCUAGAUUAUCAGGGCCUGGAAUGUCGUUGCCUGGCACGUGGAAGUCUUCUAAGUCGACCACGACCAUGGUGUGAAUAUGGCUGAGGUCGUUCUCCACGUCCACGUCCAUGUCCACCUUCUCGUCCGCGUCCAUG